AACUGGGAAAUAGACGGACUGUACAAUCAGUGUACGUUUUCUCACAAUGGACGCCCUGCACAGACACCGCUCUUUGUACAAGGGAACUACCCCACCAUGGAAGGAAACGUACAGAAAGCGCUGUGUGGAGAGGCUCAAGAACAGCAGGUCUCGGCUGCUGGACAAGUACAGGCAGAUGGGGGACAAACACCACGGCGAGAAGGGCUCGAUUUUGGUCCAGGAAGUGAUGGAGGAGGAGUGGGCCGCCCUUCAGUCCGCCGACCGCAGCAGGCUGCCCUCCCUGUGGAGCAGAGACCCGCCCAGAGACAUGGAGAGCAUCCUACCAGAGGAUGAGGAGUUGCUGGUGCUGGAGGAGAUCCAGCAGGAGCUCAUGUCUCAAGAGCUGUUAAUCAUUGAAGAGUAUGAAAAAAGCAUGCGGUAUGAAGAGAAGUAUCUUGAUGCUGUGGUGGAAGGAAUGGAGGGCGAAGGACAAAUCAUAUGCCCGGUUUGUCGAGUAAACAACCUGUCGAUAAACAGUCAAUUCACUUCCUGUCGGUGUGGCGUAUACAUCAAUACAGGGCACAGAAAUAUUACAGCAGAGAACCUGCAACAUCUGCUUGAGAGCAGAGUGACAGAACAUAUGGAAGAGUGCCCUGAUGACCCAGUGUUCUCCAUGGCCAACAACACAGAAGGCUUUCCAACUCUAAUGGUCAGCUGUAAGGUAACCAGCUCCAUAGUUUUUGUCAUGUACACCAACAUUUACUUGGCAAACUGUUGAACUAUUGCUCUUUCCAGUCAAACAGCAAUAAGCCUAUUAGAGGGUUAGUAAGAUCACUGACUAGUCCCCCUUUACUUCAUCACAGGAAAUACUCAUUUAAACUUCAGGGAACAGGAACUGUCUUAAGCCAUGACAAACUUUUUUCUCUUUACAGACUUGUGACUACCUCUCCGUUGUUCUGUAAAUGUGGUUGUAAUGUCAUUUCUGAUUUUUAAGUGCUUACAUGAAAUAAAGU